CGAGGACAACGAGAUGCGCAUUUUUAAUAGGCUAUAGUGAUAGAGAUUUCCAAGAAGGAAAGAAUCAUGAGAUCAGAUGGGUGUGGAGAAUUAGUGAAUGGUUGUGUUGUGAGCGAGGGAUUUUCAGAUAGCAUUGGUUGGGAUUAGGUCUGUGCUGCAGGUUGUACGGGAUUACAGAGCGCAGGGGGAAGCCUCGGAAAUGUACGGUGCGUUAUCGUUUCUCUCAACACGGCAUUUCUCCGUCCGCCUGAACUGAUCCACACCUGAGACCUUUCUCCCAGCUCCCCACGCCAGUCCUGGAGGUAUACACUAUAGCUGCAUGGAAACAUGGCUGACGUUCCUCAGAUCGUGAAAAUUGGAAUUUCAUUGAAGAUGCUUCCCAACAACACGGCGGUGUACUUCAAGUCGGACGGCGCCCGGUUCGGACAGACGAGAACCAUCAAGCUGCUGACCGGGUCCAAGUACAAAAUCGAGGUCGUCGUUAAACCUGGAGCUGUUCAGGCCACGUCAAUGAGUGUAGGUGGGGUGAGCUUCCCCCUGGAACAGCAGUCUAAAGACCCACAGUCUGUGGUCUACACUGGCCUCUAUGAAACAGAAGGAGUGGCACACACCAAGAGUGGAGAAAGGCAACCAGUCCAAAUCAACAUACAGUUCACAGAGGCGGGAAUGUUUGAAACGGUAUGGCAGGUGAAGUACUACAAUUAUAACAAGAGGGACCACUGCCAGUGGGGAAACAGCUUCAACAGCAUCGAGUACGAAUGCAAACCCAACGACACUCGCACACUCAUGUGGAUCAACAAGGAGAUGUUUGUCUGACAGUCUGAGACAGGUAUACGUGGUGUGUAUGUUAAUGCGUCAUUCUUUCUGUCAUCAAGUAAAAGGAAACACACCAUUUUCCAUUUCUGUAACGUAAAGCAUAUCAUCUGUUCUGUUGUCAACUGGCUUCCUGUGGAAGGACAUAAAAUACAGCUAUGUUGCCAGGUUUCCUUACUGGGAUUUUCUUUGUUUAUGGUGAAAAUGCAAAUGUGUGACAAUCAAUGGACAAUGCAUAGCACUUCUCAUUUUUCAGUUAUGUAUUUGAAAGAAUUUGAUUAAAUUAUAUUCAGAGGUUAUUUUUUUCCCACAUACAGUCUAGUAUCCCUUAAUGUGUGAUCAUAUUUAUGUGUGUGUGCAGUACUGUAUGUGUUUGUGUGUGUGUGUGUGUGUUUAUAAAUGGUGUAUGUACUGGUAUGUUUUUGUGCAUAUUUGAAACUUCAUGCAUGCAGAGUUUCAUUUCAAAAUAAAAAUUUUGCAAAAAAAAAUUUAACGUCACUUCUCGGGAGACAGUACUUCUCAGAGUGUUUCCCUUCUGUCCUCAUUUGGUAGCUUGUUCAGUCAUUUAAACCUUUAAAUGUAAAAAAUGUCAGAUGUGUUUGCCCUAAAUGACCAAAUUAAACUCUCCACACAUAGAGAAAAUAGUAAUUACAACCAUAUUAUCAGCUUUAAGUGCAGUUACUUGAUAACCAAAUAACAACACUGAAAUAUGUGGACCAAUAAGCCAGCCAGGAAAAAAUAUAUCCAUCUUCUCUUACGUGUGACUCAGUGCAUAUCAUGUUGAAGUGAGAUGUGAAAGCAGUCUAUUUUUUUUAAUCAGCACUUCUUAACCAUGAAAUUAACUAAAAGGUUGUCAUUAUUUGUGCCACCUCCUCCACCAAAACUGAUUUUUUUUUUUUUUUUAAAGAAUGAUUUUUUUUUUCCAAUGAAACCCUCUGUAAUUGUGUGGAUGUUCUUUAUUUUGUAGUAACAUUUGUAGUACUGGAAGUAGGAGUUUUGGGUCUGAGUUUAGUUGUGUCCCUGACCAUGGCAUAUUCAUCCUCUACCUCUUUUGUAGGUCUUCACCAUGUAUGUUGAUCAAUAUCACAUUUAAUGACUUUUUCUAUUUCCUGUGAUUUGCAAAAUGCUAAAUUAAAAAAAAACAUUUUUGUACAGAAAGCCAUUUGAAAUAUUUUCAUAUUGUGUGUACUUUGUUAGAAAUAACUGUAAUAUUUUAAUUUAUAAUCUAUUUUGACCUAUGCAAGACAAGUGCAGUGAAAUAUGUAAUAUAGUUGUGAAUCUUACCUUUUCCUUAAAGUAAUGUUUGUUUAUUAUGCUGUUACUAUUUAAAUAAACAAUUGAUUUUU